UCCCGCCAAGAUUUGAUCUCAGAUUUGUUGGCGCAUUUUGUGAGUUUCAGUUGCUAUUCAAGAGUCGCAGACAUGUCUACAACCAAACAACAGAGUGUGAUCGACUGGCUACAUAAGAUGCAUGGACAAUCUAGGACCCCUAUGAGGAAGAAAAAAUCAACACCUCCAUCCUCAAAGUCAAAAUCUCCAUUCAAGAAAAAACAAAGUUCCAGUAAAAAAUCUUUAGAUUUUGUCAAAACUGACAGUGCAGUCUCAAAUAAGGGCCACUCCAGAGAAGAAAGUAAGAUCAAAGAAAAUGUGCCAGAAAAGCCUACAAAAGUAUCUCCUACUUUUAACACAGGUUCCUUUUACAAACCAACUAGUAAGAAGAGGUAUUUAAGUCCUGUUGAACAUCAAGAUGUCAAAAUGAGAGCUGAGGGUAUCAGUUCGCCAGAAUCUUCAGCCAGUAGUUCAGAAGUAGAGGUCUCAACUGGAAAACGUCGAAGCAGAGAAGUUAGCACUUCAACUUCUAAGAUAGGGAAUAAACCAGAUUCUUCAGUUUUAUCCAGUAGGAAUGAGAUCAAUAGUGUCGUGAAAGUAAGAACAAUUAAACAAGCUAUGAGAAAGGGCAAAGGAAGACGAAAUGUUAAAGCAAGCCAAGAGAAACAAGAUGAAGAAAACAAAGUUAAGAUAACAAAGGCUCAAAAAUUAAAUGUGAAACCCGUGCAAAAAUUAACUCCUUCUAAAAUAUUAGCUCAAGUUGAAGAAGACAGUGAUAUAAAUUGGAGUUCAUCAGAUGAAGAAAACUCCCCACAAAAACAACAGUUGAUGAAAGAUGACACAAACAUUUCCAAAGUGAUAAAAAAGGACUCUGAAUUAGCAGAGACACCAUCAAAGAGACGUAAACUAAACUUAAAUGUAAAACCACUCUCUCCUGUAAAGGUUAGAAGGAAUGCUAGAGGUUUUGACAUUAAACCUGUAUCCCCAGUCAAAAUCACCAGUGUGACCCCUGUGCAAAGUGAAACUCCAACAGGGGAGGCUUCCCCAUGUGAUUCUAGUGGUGGAAAACGAUUUUUCAAAUCGCGAAAAACACCAUCCACAAACAGUGAUGACUCCAAAAAAUCAAAUGUUUCUAGUGUAGUCAAUAAGAAGGGGUUUCAUCUGAAAUUUCAACCAAAGACCUUGAGUAGCAAAUUCAGCUCACCAAAACCAGAUUCCACGAGGUUGAAUUUAUUAAAAGGUUCAACUCCAACUUGGAAAAAGAAGUGGCCAAAUAUGCAGAUGAAAGAUAUACCUGAUUCGGGAAUAGACACCAGUACUACUGAACCAAGUGCCAACAUAGAUCAAAACACCCCCUUAUUAUUUAGUGACACUAACAGUGUAGGAGGAAGUGACUCAAUCGCCUUAAUAUCAGAAGUGAAUUCUCUUAGUAGUAGGAAUGCGUCACCAAAAUCUGCGACAUCUGUUUCAUCUAUCAAGCGAUCAAGCCCCAGAACCCCAAAUGGGAAAUGUGAUAGUCUUAGUAGUUCUGGUUCGAAAAAUGGAAGUCCCAGUGUCCCUGAUGUGAAAAGUGAUAGCCCCAGAGAGAAUGCUAAGAAAUACUUUCCACUGUUCAAUAGGACACCUCCUGUCAGCCCAGGCCACUUGAAGAUGAGACAGACCAAGCUUACAAUGUCCCCAUUGACACCAUUGAAUAGUGUAUUCUCCUUCAAAGGAUCUGAGGCUGGAAGUGGAAAGCGAUCCCCAAGGCUGACCAGGCUGUCUAAACUGAAGCCUGAGACAGAUGGAAUGGAGCAAUAUAUACUGGAUGCAGGCCAAAAGAACAUAGGAGCAGUCCAGUGCCCCACGUGUCAUAUGCGAUAUACACAAGGUGAACCUACAGAUGAAGCAAGCCACUCAAAGUUCCACAAGAGAAUGUUAACUGUCCUGAAAUUCAAUGGGUGGAAGAAAGAAAAUGUAGUUGCAGAGUUUGAAGAUGGCAGUAGAAUCAUUGUUGUGUUACCCACUGACACUAACUGCAUGAAAAAGGUUGACUCUGUCAAGUCAGUUGUGGAUGAAGAUCUUGCUUUCACUAAUGCCCCUUCUCCUGCCUGCAAGUCUAAUAUGAAGACCUACAUGUGUAUCUUCAACCAAAGAAUCAUUGGGGUGUGUAUAGCGGAGGUGAUCACCAAAGGUUACCGUGUAAUACAGGACACCCAGUCACAAAGCAGCACCCAGGGUCUGAGGGCUUGGUAUUGCAGUAGCCAGGCAGAAUCAGCUAAAUGUGGGAUCUCGCGGAUCUGGGUGGAUAAAGGGUAUCGCCACCAAGGAAUAGCUACCCGGUUACUAGAUGCAAUGAGGACAAACUUCAUGUUCUCGUAUCACCUCUCAAAGAAGGAGCUUGCCUUCUCUGAUCCCACAAAUGAUGGGAAAAUGUUUGCCAUGAAAUAUACAGAGACACCAGAAUUCCUAGUGUACAAAUACAACAUGUAAUGAAAUAAAACAUUGCAUCAACAUUAAUUGGACUGUGUUCAUAGUAGAUUCGACCAUCUUUGGACUGUGUUCAUGCAGUCAUGGAUUAUAUCAUGUUUUGCAUUAAAUUCUUGACAAUAUUAUUUUUCAUUUAGUGCUAGCACAGAAACUUCUUCUCAACAGGGGAGACCCGUUCAGUUCAGAGAAUUAUAGAGAUAAAUAUUUGAGGUCAUGAAAUGACAAGAUGAGAUUUGUGGCAGAGAGAUAUGUCAAAAUCAGUGCCAUGUAUAUAUACAUAUAUAGCAAUUAAUACAUAUAAUUGCAUGUCAUACAUAUUGGACAUUUAAACUUGUGAACUGUAUCCUAAAAGUCAAAUAUCUGGAAUAAGAAUAUAUUCUUUUUCUCAAAUAAUGAAAAUACAUAAAUAUUUACUUAAAAAUAUUUGUAUUUGACUUGCACCGAAAAACUUAAUUGUGGGAGAAAAACAAUUGAAUUUUUAAUUUAAGAUUUAGAGAAUCUGUUCUUUGAAGUAAAACUUGGUAUGAAAGAAUAAGUACAUGCAGUGUGUGUUUAGUCUACAUUGGAUGACAUGUAUAGAAGUUUUACUUAGAAGCUCAGCUUG